GGUUCAAGUGUCACACCCCCUUCUUCCGGGUUUGACUAGUCCAGUUAGUUUCCACGUGAAUAAUGUCAGCAGAGCAGAUUAAUGUGAAUGGAGACGAGGAUGAGGAGUUCCGCGUCUUCGUGACUUUACAUGCCGGGGCUCUGCGCUCAUCAGGAAUCCCCGAGAUCUACUGGAGGAGUCUACACCACAAAAUCACCAACGAGAUUUACGAUGCUGGGGAGGUGUUCGGAAUCAUGCAGUCACAGCAAGAAGAGGAGGAGGAGGAGAGGAAAAUAAUGAGAGAGAAAGACAAUCCUGGGCCAGUGAUCCGCUCCAAAGUGGUUGUGACCCGGGACAGUGGGCUGCAGGCCGCAGAGCCGACCAGUGUUUUCCUGGUGGAUCACGCCUGGACGUACCGUGUGGAUCAUGCCCGUCAGCAGCUGGAGCAGAUCCCAGGCCUGAUCUCCAGAAUGGCCGCCCUCAUGGGGCUGGACUUCCACGGUGAGGCCCCCGACCCGGACACAGUAGAGCUGGUGAUGGAGCACAUGUGGAAGUACAACCAGACUUACCACCUCUCUCAGGGGUCUGCGGAGGAGAAGGUUCCUGUCUGGUACAUCAUGGAUGAGUUUGGCUCCCAGGUGCAGCACUCUGACCAGCCCAGUUGUGCCAUGGCUCCCUUCUUCUACUUACAUGGCCAACUGGCCUAUUCUGUACUGUGGCCUCUGCAGGACCUGCAGGAAGGAGAUGAAGUAACCCGUGAUUAUACAUAUGGAGAGACAAACCCCCUGGUGAGGCAGUGCCGCCUGUUACCAUGGAUACCUGCUGAUCUAGAAGGGGUCAGCAGUGCCACCACUGAACCCCCAGACUCAUACUAUGAGACCAUUAUACGGGAGAACAAUGAGCAGCUUCCUGUGGAAAUCCAACCGUUCACUGUGCCAAAGGACAAAAUCCUCAAGGUUUACUCUGAAAUGUCACAAGUAACAAACAACCUGACGCACCCACGGUUCCAGCUGACAGAGGAAGAGGAGGAGGCUGAUAUUAUUUGGGGCUAUAAUCACAUCAAAGAUUACAGGAAACUGAGUGAGGAACGACCUCAUGUGAUGCUUAACCAGUUUCCCUGUGAGAGCAUCAUCACUGUGAAGGACUGCUUGGCUGCUGUCGCCCGCAGAGUGAAAGGUGGCCCGUCACCUGAUUGGCUGCCGGAGACCUUCAACCUCCAGACAGAGCUGCCGCAGUUCAUUAAGCAUUAUCAACUGAGACAACAACGUGGAGAGGAUAACCACUGGAUCUGUAAGCCCUGGAACCUGGCCCGUGGACUGGACACGCACAUCACCAGCAACCUUGACUACAUAAUCAGGCAAAGAGAGAGUACACCAAAGGUGGUGUGUAAAUACCUCGAAGAUCCAGUGCUGUUUCACAGGGAGGAGGUGGGGAUGGUGAAGUUUGACAUUCGCUACAUGCUGAUGCUGCGUUCUGUGAAGCCUCUUCGUCUUUAUGCCUACAAUGUUUUCUGGUUGCGCUUUGCUAACAGACCUUUCUCUUUGUCCCAUUUUGAUGAUUACCAAAAGCACUUCACCGUCAUGAACUACGCAGAGGGUGUACAGCUGAAGCAGGUUCAUUAUGAUGAGUUCAUUCCAAUGUUUGAGAAGCAGUACCCACAGUAUCCAUGGAAGGAGGUGGAAGCAGAGUUGUUUAAGGCGUUCAAGGAGCUUUUCCAGGCAGCCUCAUCUCGACCAGCUCCGUAUGGUAUUUGUCCUUACCCAUCCUCCCGGGCGAUAUAUGCAGUAGACCUCAUGCUCAAGUGGAGUACAGGAGAAAAUGGUCAUCGGGUCAUGCAGCCUCAGAUCUUGGAAAUGAACUUUAGCCCAGACUGCGCUAGGGCCUGCCUCUACCACCCAUCCUUCUACAACCAUAUAUUCCAGACGCUGUUCCUGGAUCAGCCUGAGGACUGCCCGGUCACACAGAUCAUAUAAUCCGCUCAAGACAUGCACUUUUCCUGGUUUCUCUGUAACCGGUUCGUCUGUUUGUUCAUGUCAUUUUCUCAUUUUACCAUCUACUUUCCAGCUGAUUUUGGGAGCAUGUGAAACAUGUGACAAUGAUUGCAGAUUUGUUCUCAAAAAACACUGUUGGAUAAACUAGAAUUUUAUCAUUAUUGACUCUGCUUGUUUCAGAUAGCAUUACUAUUUGGGCAAAUACCUGUGGAGCAAUGAAACUACCAAAAAAAAAAAAAAAAGUUUUCAUGUUAUCCCCUCCACUCACCUUCCUGUUUGUUCUUUCCUUCCUCCCUUGUUGCUUCUCAGUUGUUUAUCUUUUGUGGUGAAUCCAAGACUGAGUGGAGCCCCUCUUCCUUCUGGAAGAGCCAGGAGAGCACAGUUAGACCUGAAGAAACAACAUUCAGACAGACCUUUACCUCCACAGCUUGGCUGGAGAGGUACAGGUAAUAUACAGAGAAGGAUAUCCACCUGUCUCUGUGUGUCCUUUGUGGUACGGGCCUGUAAGGGAAAACUGCGGUGGCCCCGAUGGUCAAAACGCAAUGACAGCUGGGAUUGGCUCCAGUCCCCUCCCCAGAGACCCUUAGGGAUAAGCAGAUGAGUAUAGAUAGUGGAUUGAUGCAUUUCAGAAUACACAACAACAGUUGAGUUUAUUGUCGUGUUUUGACAUUCACAGCCACCGUAGUUUUCCCUCGCAAAUGUAUAUUUCCCCUACAGCUGACAUGUCUCCACUUUCCUGAAUGUCAGAUUACAUUAUUCCCUCACUGUCUCACUGGACAGACACUCUAGCACACAAGCUCUAAUGUUAGCAGAGUGGUUCUAAGGAUGGCAACAUCAACCCAACCACCACUUUCAAAGUCAUUGAAUAAAAGUGGCCUUGAAUAAAAAGAGGCAGAAGGUGAGGGUCAGCACACUAACCUUUAUUGAGCCUAAGUCUCAGUUAUUAUACUAACAGGGUGGUGGUCUUAGACUUAGACUUAGACGGACUUUAUUGAUCCCUUUGGGAUGACUCCCUUGGGGAAAUUACGUACUCCCUUGGGGACAUCUCUGGAUGUCAGUGCCUGGCCUGAUGGUCAACCAUUACCAAAUAUGGAUGGGCAAACAGUGAACAACAGAACAUUUGGAUAUUCAACUGCGCAACACCUGUUGGAAGAUUUGGUAUCUUCCAGGCCUGUAGCCUGUGCGCUCUUUGGCUGGUGUGCAGACAGGACACGUUAUCAUCAGUCUGGGUCAACCUGAUCUGGCGUCUCACUUAGCUUAUUUGCCUGAUGUGCAGCGUGCAAACGUUGUUUUCUGAUACCUUCCGGUACCUUCAUGCACGACUGUAGAAUCGCUGAACCUAAUUAAACUUGACCUGCUUAGAGGGUACCGGCAAGUUCCUUUAACUGACCAUCAUAAUCAUUUCCUGGCCUCCCCAUUUUACUGUAAUAGAGGUCUCUAUUCUACUGGUGUCUGGCAUCAUCCGACUUCUGAUGCUUCCAUUAUUCUGAGGGGGCUACAUAGUAUAACAUGAUAUAGGUUAACAUGAUUAAUCAUUUCAAACAUAACAAAGGACUGUAAUACACUCAACAUGCUUAACUUCAGUUACUGUUAUCAGCACAUUCAUUGGUAUAUAUUCAUAUAUCUCUUCUAUUAUUAUUGCUGCGAGCUGAUGAAUAGUAUUGAGAAUAUGAAAAUGAUAUUAUUAACACUCACUAUAUGAUUCGGAGAGUAAUGAUGAUGUGUGUCAAAGGUCACCAUACGAAGUAGUUGGUUAAUGUUCACUGCAUGCAAAGUCAAAUCAUGUGUAAGAUGAGCAUAAGUGUGAGGCCCAAGACCAGACCAAGGAUGGCCUAAAGUUUAGGCCAUUGUUUAGGUCCUAAACAAUGUUCUAAUGGUGUGAUGUUGCAAGCCAAUGAAAUAAUCAAAUAGGUGUGGAAAACCAUAGCCCUAAGAGGUAUAUGAAUAUGAGAGGGACACAAACUAUUGUUCUUCAGAGUGUAGUAUCUGAAGAUCCAUAUAUGGACUGCCAAAACUGUAUAAAAAAGGGACAUAGCCAGUACUAUUUUGGAGCAUUUCUGGUGUAUCAUGUAUGCACUGUGAAUGGUUCCCGGGUUUCUUUGUCGACAAAUAAACUCUGCUGCCUUGGA